UUUCAAAUGGGCUUUUACUGAUUGGGCUUAGGCCUUUUAAAGUUGAAAACCAGUUAUCUUCUCUCCGUUGUCUUUUCCUCCAAGAUUUCUAGGGUUACUGAGAUUUGAGGAAGAUAACAAACAGCAACAAUGGCGAAUCAAGUGAUCUCCGGAAUCAAGGAAACAGCUCAAUCAAUCACCGGCGCGGCUCGUCCUUGGAGCGACUUCUUCGAUCUCUCCGCAUUCAGCUUCCCUUCCUCCUUCUCCGACGCCACAACUCGCGUCACUCAGAACCUCACUCACUUCCGCAUCAACUACACUCUCAUUAUCUCCGUCCUCCUCGCUCUAACCCUAAUCACGCGCCCGAUCGCAAUCCUCGCCUUCGUCGCCGUCGGAUUAGCCUGGUUCUUCCUCUACUUCGCUCGCGAGGAGCCGCUCACGAUCUUCGGAUUCACUGUUGACGACGGCGUCGUGGCGGUGCUUCUCAUCGGUCUUACGAUCGCGGCGCUGGUAACGACUGGAGUUUGGCUUAGUGCUCUCACCACCGUUGGAUUCGGAGCUCUGAUCUUGUUUCUACACGCGGCGCUUAGAGGAACGGAGGAUCUUGUUACGGAUGAUUUGGAGUCGCCUUAUGGACCAAUGCUCUCUACUGAUAACAGUGGUGAUUACAGUGGGAUUUGAGAUACAUUUCGUUACUUUUGAUUGAUUUAAGGAUUGUUGAUUUUAGGGUUUCGUUGUUUGUAACUAAACUCUGAUUGUUUUCUUUUGUGUUCAUUAGUAAAACAUUGUGCAAGAUUUAUAAGAUGCUUACGAAGGG